AUGGCGCUUUCCACAAAAACCAUUCCAUUCCUCCUCCUCAUCCUGCUCUUAUCAGGUAAUACAUCUUCUGGCACCGUGUUUACCAUCGAAAACCUUUGCAACCACACUGUUUGGCCCGGAACGCUAUCUGCCAAUGGUGCCGCCGUUCUCGGCGGUGGCGGGUUUUCCCUCCCGCCGGGAUCAUCUCUUCAACUCACCGCUCCGUCUGGCUGGUCAGGGCGUUUUUGGGGCCGAACCGGCUGCAAGUUUGAUGUCGCCGGCAACGGGAAAUGCGCCACCGGAGACUGCUCCGGCGGGCUCAGAUGCAUUGGGGGAGGUGAUCCGCCGGUGACGCUGGCAGAGUUCACUAUCGGAAUCGCCAGUAACAGCAAGGAUUUUUAUGACGUGAGCUUGGUGGACGGUUACAACGUGGGAAUGGGAGUGAAGGCAACCGGAGGUACCGGUGACUGUCAGUACGCCGGGUGUAUUGUGGACUUGAACGGUCACUGUCCGGAGGAGUUGCAGGUAACGGAAGAUGGGGGUUCGGUCGUGGCUUGUAAAAGCGCGUGCACAGCUUUCAACACGCCGGAAUUCUGCUGCACCGGCGAACACUCGACUCCACAGAGUUGCAGACCGACGCAGUAUUCGGAAUUGUUCAAGAGUGCAUGUCCCUCCGCUUACAGUUAUGCUUACGAUGAUGCUUCCGGCACUUGCACAUGUUCUGGCUCCAAUUACCAUAUCACCUUUUGUCCGUCUUCCCCAUCUAUCUCUCCAAAAUCCUCCAACCAAACACCCCCGUAAUUCUUUUUUGGAUACAAACUGGGAAACAAGAACAAACUAUAAACUAACUGCAAAGUCGAGCGAGAGCAGCUCCUCUAGUCAUGCUGUAAAACAGCUUCACAACCUACCGGGGGGUUAUCGAAUUCUAGCAAUUCCCAAGUGUGCUGAGUUGCCUGAGAUGCCAACCAGUUGGUUACUGCAUUAUCUUCCCUCAACAUGUGAGAUAAUGAGACGAGCCAGUCUUCGUACAAGUAGUUGCUAAUGCGCUUCGGGUGAGAGGAACUACAGUCCUGUUCAAUCAUCGACUUGGCCUCAAGGGAGUCUGUCUCCAGGCAUACCCGUCGACAUCCUUUGCUCCAAGCUGCUUGUAAACCCAGCUGAUAACCAAUGUCCCGUAUCAUCUUCGAUCACUCCCCAACACGAGGACCAUGCACCAUAUAUAUUAGUAUAGCAAUUAGAUCAAAUGCAGGAAAAAUUGAGUCAUAAAUACCUUCUGCCGUAAUUCAAUGAGAAACUCUAGCUUUUAGACAUAGAUGGUGUAUAACAAUAAUCUAAGAGUAAGUUCAGGAUUCGCAAAGUUUGAAGCCACACCAUAUAUAAACCCCCAUUUUUUAACUGUUAUGGAUGACAG